AUGGCAUUUUUAUUUAUUCAGAACUGUAUCACUCCUAAAGUGCCAGGAGAGAGUAUCAAUGCCAAAAACAUCAUAAAUGAUCUGUCUGAUCAAGCACUAGACCAGAUUCUAGGACAAGAGCUUAGUCUUCAAAAAACUGUCCUUACAACUCAAUAUGUUCCCUUUCUGGGGAAGCUAGGAGCUUUCUCAAUGGACAUUAUUUCUUCACCAGCAAUUAAUGACUCUAUGUCUCUUCAAGUAGCUAUUUCUCACAAAGAUAACUCUGUUACUUUCAGUAAAUCACUUCUGGAUGCAAAGGUUAUCUUUUCUUCUACACUAGCAUGUACAUCAUCUGCUCACACUUCUUUACAAGUUAUGGACAAUGUUCCAUCAGAAAUUAUCGUGAACGAGGGUAUAACACUCUCAGAAAAUGAUCCUUUAAAGAUGACGAAUCAAUCCAAGAAGUAA